AUGGAUUCUUAUCAUCUCCAGUGCUUGCAGUUUAAACGUGACAGAACUAUCGAUUUCAACGCUACUAAUGUUUUCAUAAAAGGCGUUCCCGAGUCCCGAAAAUUCCAGUCACACGAUGCGUUUCUCCUGUCUGAGGUUCAUCAGCUCCUCGUGCCCAGGGCUUCUGAGAUCAACGAAGCGCCCCGUCCGUUCGCACAUUUGUGGCCCGAAAGCGAGAAACGCGGAGAGCGCAGUGGUUUGUUUCCGUCACACGUAAAUGUGAAGCGCGGCUUCCACACCAGCACGAUGUGGGCUCCGUACCCGGAAUACCGUCGGACUACUGCCACUGUUAUUGUUGUUGAUGACGAUGAUAAUGAUGAUGAUGACGAUGAUGAUGAUGAUGAUGACGAUGAUGAUGAUGAUGAUGACGAUGAUGAUGAUGAUGAUGACGAUGAUGAUGAUGAUGAUGACGAUGAUGAUGAUGAUGAUGACGAUGAUGAUGAUGAUGAUGACGAUGAUGAUGAUGAUGAUGACGAUGAUGAUGAUGAUGAUGACGAUGAUGAUGAUGAUGAUGACGAUGAUGAUGAUGAUGAUGACGAUGAUGAUGAUGAUGAUGACGAUGAUGAUGAUGAUGAUGACGAUGAUGAUGAUGAUGAUGACGAUGAUGAUGAUGAUGAUGACGAUGAUGAUGAUGAUGAUGACGAUGAUGAUGAUGAUGAUGACGAUGAUGAUGAUGAUGAUGACGAUGAUGAUGAUGAUGAUGACGAUGAUGAUGAUGAUGAUGACGAUGAUGAUGAUGAUGGCAAUGAAGAUAGUGAUGAGGACGAUCACGGGGAGGGAAACGAGGAUGAAUAA